AUGCAGCUUCAAUGUGUGUUCAUCUUCUGGCUCAAUCUCUGUCCCCUCUUGAAUUCUCUCCCCGUAUCACCACUCAACAACAACAACAUCACCCUCUACGACGACGCUUUCUUCGGCACCAACGGCAUUUGCCUCACUCAAGAAACCACCUGCCACUCUUCUUCUUCACCUUCCCACAUCGGAAGAGCCCUCUACGUUUACCCCGUCCGUUUCCUCGACGACAACGCUUCUUUCACCUCCGCCUUCUCUUUCUCCAUCAUCCCUAACCCCAUCUGUCCCUUCGGCGACGGCGUCGUUUUCUUCAUAUCCUCCAGGCCCGAUUCUUUCAGCUUCUUCAAUGGCUACAUGGGACUCCCACAGCUCGACGAUGACUUCAACUCCCAAGAUUCUUCUUCUUCUUCUUUCUUUGCCGUUGAGUUCGACACGAGUUUUAAUCCGUCAAUUGGUGACAUCAAUGGCAAUCAUGUCGGUGUCGAUGUUAACUCGGUUGUUUCUUUGGCCUCGGUUGAUGUUUUGUCCAAAGGGUUUGAUCUCAAAAGUGGGAAAAAGAUUAGAGCGUGGAUCGAGUAUGGUGAUUCGACCAAAUUGGUUCAGAUAUGGCUUAGUUAUUCAUCGAUUAAGCCUGCAAGUCCUCUUCUUGUUGCACAAAUUAACCUCGCGAACCAGUUCAAGGAAUACAUGCACGUCGGUUUCUCGGCUUCAAAUGGACUCGGUUCAUCGAUGCACAUUGUCGACCAUUGGCAGUUCGAAACAUUCACCACUUCCAUUGAAUUAGGCUAUUGUUUCAUGUGUUUUCCAGAGGAUUCAUCUACCCUUAAUGAUCCUCAUAAAACCAGCCUCAAGAUUGGGAACAUGUGGGUUCUAUUGGGAUCUUUAGUGGCUUCGGUCGUCGUUAUAAUAUCGGUUCCGGUCAUUUGUUUCGUAGUGAUGAGGAAGGAGAGGAGUGUUGAAAGAAGAAGAGAAGAAGCUAUAGUUGAAAUGACUAAUAAUGUUCCAACAAGAUGGUCACUUGCAGAGAUCAAGUCAGCUACACUGGGGUUUCAUAGGAACAGAAUUGUUGGUGAAGGUGCUUCUGCAGUUGUUUAUAGAGGGUCCGUCGCUUCCGGUGGAGCUGUCGCGGUGAAGCGGUUCGAUCAGUCCAAUAAGAAAUCGUUCGCUAAUAAUCCGUUUACGACCGAGGUUGCCGCUUUGGCCGGUUGCUUGAAGCACAAGAAUUUGGUUCAGCUUCAAGGGUGGUGUUGUGAGGGGAAGGAGUUGGUGCUGGUGUACGAGUUUUUGGCCAAUGGAAGCCUUGACAGACUUCUCCAUAGAAACCCAGAUUCAUCAACUUUCCUUUCAUGGAGCUUAAGAUUAAAGGUAGUUCUUGGUGUUGCUUCAGCUCUUACAUUUUUACAUGAAGAAUGUCAGAGACAGAUCAUUCAUAGAGAUGUGAAAUCCUGCAACAUAAUGCUUGAUGAUGAAUUCAAUGCCAAGCUCGGGGAUUUUGGUUUAGCUGAAGUCUACGAACACAGUUGUGGUUCGAGAGAAGCUACGAUACCGGCCGGAACUAUCGGAUAUCUCGCGCCUGAGUAUGUUUAUUGCGGUGUUCCGACUGUGAAAACCGAUGUUUACAGCUUCGGCGUGGUGGUGCUCGAGGUGGCCACCGGGAAGAGGCCCGUGGUUGAUAACAAAACGGUGCUUGUAGAUUGGGUUUGGGACCUAUGGGCGCAAAGGAAACUACUCGAGGCGGCUGAUUGGAGACUUUUGGGGAGGUAUAACGUCUCGGAGAUGGAGAGGGUGCUCAUUGUAGGACUUUGUUGCGUUCAUCCCAACCACGAAAAACGACCCACAGUGAGAGAAGCUGCCAUGGUUCUCAGAGGCGAAGCGUCACUUCCAGUUUUGCCAUUGACGAGACCAACAGCGAGGAUCAAAUCAAAUUUGUGUCAAGAAAGUGAAGAUAUUUUGAACCUUGGUGUAGAAAACAGUCCGAUCGGCGACGAUGCAGGGUGGUUGACUCCCAGGAGCCAUUUUAGCAAGGUUUAGCUUAGG